CCCCCCACGCCGUUGGCUCGUUCGACUUUCCUGCCAUACAUAUAGCCCCCCGACCACAACCGCUUGCAUCGGCGCUACCCGAGCUUGCUGCCUACGUCAACCUACCCCCCGCCCGUACUCCUCCGACUCAGACUUCUUCACAAAUACAGCCCUUCACACUCGUGCCCCGCUAUGGCAUCCAACCGUGCCAGGCGUAUUGCGAAGGAGAUCGCCGACAUCAAGUCGGACCAGCUCUCACAGAUCUUUGUUGAGCCUGCAGGGAACGGGGAUGACCUCACCCACCUCCGUGGCCAGUUCCGGGGGCCGCCAGACACACCGUAUGAGGGCGGCACCUUCUUCGUCGAUAUCAAGAUCCCCAGCGAGUACCCGUUCCGGCCGCCGAACAUGAAGUUUGAAACCAAGAUCUGGCACCCUAAUGUCAGCUCUCAGACAGGCGCGAUCUGCUUAGACACACUGUCAUCGCAAUGGUCGCCAGUGCUCACUAUCAAGUCUGCCCUCAUCUCCCUCCAGUCCCUCCUCAGCACUCCCGAACCCAAGGACCCACAAGACGCAGAGGUUGCAGGCAUGAUGAUCCGGAAUCCCGCCGAAUUCGAGCACGUUGCCCGCGAUUGGGCAGUCAAGUACGCUGGAGCACCGAAGAAGGAAAUUGCCGAAGGCAGCGGUGGUGCUACAGCAGAAUCCAUCAAGCGGAAGGCUCAGCAGGCGAAGGAGAAUGAGGAGAAGGUCAAGCUUGCUGCAUACCAUGGCUACAACAAGGACCUCAUCGACCGCUUCGUCGCGAUGGGCUUCGACGUGGAGGUCGUCGUCUCUGCAUUCGAGUAUGUUGGCAUUGACAAAAUGGGAGGAGAAGAUUACGAGCUCGAGGAGGCCUACAUGGGUGACAUCACGGCCCGGCUUUUUGGCGAAGCGUAGCGACCGCAUAUCCAACCACCCCUGUUAUCCAACACUGUUUCUGUCAACAUCAUGUUAGCUCAGCCCAGAGCAUAUACUUAGGAGCCUCGGAAGAUCACGCGAUAUGAUUUCGGUGAUGGAUUAUCACCAAGUAGAGACUGGGUUUCCGGCGUUGUUCAUCUCGGUUCAUACAUUUGCGACGGCGUCUGGCUCCAGUGGGUUCGGGCGUCUAUUCCCUUCGGUUGUUCUCUUGAGCUGUACUCACGCCGGAGCAGGAAACUUUCGAUACUGUCAUCAGAUAUUUAUAUGGAAGUCAUUAGCUGUUGGCC